AUGGGCCUCAAUAAUCCCCUCCCAUCAUCACUCAAAUCAGAGUGCAAGAAGGCCGCGCGCAUCCUCGCUUCCUUCGUAGACCCAAAGCAAGCAUUCGGCCCAGACAAGGUCAUACCCCCAGAGAUCCUCCAGAAUGCGCAGGGUCUCGCAGUCAUCACCGUCCUCAAGGGCGGCUUCGUCUUCUCCGGGCGCAUCGGCUCAGGCCUGCUUAUUGCGCGCCUCCCAGACGGUAGCUGGUCCGCACCCUCUUGCAUCGGCCUCGCAGGCGCCGGUGUUGGAGGACAGAUCGGCCUCGAGCUCACUGAUUUUGUCAUGAUCCUCAAUACUCGUGAUGCUGUCAAGACCUUUGCAGCACUCGGUUCCGUCACACUCGGUGGAAAUGUCUCCAUUGCCGCUGGUCCCGUGGGCAGGUCGGCCGAAGCAAGCGGUAGUGCCAGUCAUCGCGGUGUCUCGGCCAUCUUCUCCUACAGCAAGACAAAAGGUCUCUUUGCAGGCAUCUCCCUGGAAGGCUCCGUCCUCAUUGAACGCAGAGACGCAAAUAAGAAGUUUUACCGGCAAAGCGUCAAUGCCAAGCAUAUCCUCAACGGCUCUGUACCACCGCCCCCCGGCGUCGAGCCUCUGCAUCGUAUUCUAGAGUCGCGCGUCUUUGCUGGCGGUCGAGGCGGCAAUGGCGAUGACAUGUACAACGACGUGCCCGUCUAUGGUGAUGCCGACUCGGAUAUCUGGGAAGGCCGCGACGGUGAGGCCUAUGGCGAGGGCCGCAGCAGGCGUGGCUCGACACGCUCCAAUACAGUGGACUCUCGUUCAUCCGGCAAGGUCAAAGGCUUUGAAGAUGACUAUGACGAUGGCUACGACAACCUGAGCAAUUACACGGGCAGCACAUCCUUGGGAGGCGACCGCAAAAGCACUCAGAAGCUCAAGAGUCAAGUCACAGGCUUUAGGUCAACAUACUCCGACAAUGCACCCAGCAGGCCGACCUCAGAAAAGCCAAAAUUCAGCCCUUCAAAGCCAACGUAUGAUGAUGAUGUUCCUGCUUCGCGGGCACCGUUCAACGAGUAUGACGACUUGGAUGACAAUGGCUUUGUGCGUCCGCAAGCGACAGGCAAUGCACCGUCAAGACCACCAAGCAGUACAAAACCCAAGCCAGCUCCCCGGCGAGGAAGCAAUCUAGGACACAAUCAAGCCGUUGCACUCUUCACUUUUGAGGCCGAUCAACCGGGCGAUCUUGGUUUCCAAAAGGGCGACAUCAUCAACAUCAUCGAGCGAUCAGACUCAACCGAUGACUGGUGGACGGGUGAAAUCAACUCCCGACGCGGCAUCUUCCCGGCCAACUAUGUACAAAUAUAG